GCUCUAAUUAGCUAAGAAAUAAAAUAAUUACAAUAUUAACAAAAUUCUGACUUACAAACCUUAAUAUCAAUUUAAAUAACCCAGACAGCCAGAUGUUAAUGCGCCUUUGUGAUCGGGACAAGUAGAUUUUUUCACGUAUGCACCUAUUAUUUCGUCUGAGGUAGAAUACCCGUUUUCAAAACUAUUUUAACAGACACUAGAAUUUUAAAUUUAUUAAUUUGCAGUAUUUUGUUAUACAUUGUGUAACAAAUCUAACAAAUAUUAAUUUUUUUUUGUUCCACGCGAUAGUGUCCUGCAGGAUCACCAAAUUCACAUGCAUUCAGUGCUCUGGUUAUUACAUUAAACUACUACACCGCUACUGCACCGCUACAGAGUACGAACAACAGAGCGCGAAAGAGAUAAAACCGAAAAUAAAUACGUUUCUGAAACUGCGUGCGCACACUUUUUUUAUACGUAUUAUCUUCAUAUUCAUACGGAAGGGGGGAUUUUACCGCUUAAAAUGAUCUUUUUCAUGCUUUUUAAAGUUUCAUAGCGCAGGUAGUAAUGGGUAGUAGUUUUUGAACUGUAAGACGCAGUGGAUGUCUUUUUAUAAGAUUCAAGGAACGUAUCUAGAUAAUUCUAGUAUUUUCUGAGCAGUGUUAUAUAAAAAAGAAAAAAAAACCUUUUACAAGUUGGAUUUAAUAAUCGCCUUCCGAACUUUUACCAUCCGAAAAUCUAUUUCUGCAAUGGGACUUCUGUGAAGAAAACUUUGCGAAGAGUAAGAUAAUCAAGCACACGUGAUUUGAUUAAACUAGUUUUAAUUUUGCCAAUUUAUUAAAAGUGACUACCUUAAAAAAACAAUAAUCUGUUUCCUUGUAUUAAAGGAGGAAACAAAUUGCAUACAGAUCAGAAUCAAAAUAAAAGAAAUAUCUCGAAAAUUCCAGGUACCGAUAAUUUCGCCACGUGUAUUAACUUGAAUGGUAGCUCGUACAAAAAUUCGAGUAAGCGACAGGAAUUAUAUAGAAACGUGGGCAACAUUAAAAAUAAAAUUAUCAAUACAACACUAUUACACAGAAACAGUAAAGUGGAACAGGUAAAUUGUAAAAAGCAAAAUAUAACGAGCGAUGAAGUCAAUAUCAGAAAUGCUUCUGACGGAGUAAAAAGAAAAGCUACCAUCCCUGACGCAGAUGAAGACAAUGAAACUGACGAUACAACGGACAUUAGAUGAGGACGAAGAAAUACCUAAAUACCUAAUGAAAGAGAAGCCGCAUCAUAAUUGGCAUGUUGUACAGGCAUUGGCAAAUCGCCAAAUAGGCAACAGUUCAUUAUUCCAAAGAAGAUUUUAUGGUUCUUUAUCUGCAGUAGAACGGCUCAACCGUAUGUGUAAUCUUAAUCAACAUCAGAUGCGUUAUGUGAAUGCCUCAAGCUUCAAUCGAAAAGGAAAUUUAUUAGCGAGUGUUGCAGAUGAUUUAGAAGUUGUUAUUUGGGAUUGGAAUGCAGGAAAGAAGCGCGACUGUUUAUUAAGUGGUCAUACAAAGAAUAUGUUUUACGUCAAGUGGUUACCGUUAGAUGUGGAAUAUCUUAUGGUUACUUGUGCUGCAGAUGGUCAGGUACGUUUAUUGGAUCUUGAUUGUAAUAUAUCAAUAAAAUUGAUGGCGCGUGGAGCCGCGCAGAAAUUGGCUAUGCAUCCUGAAACACCUUAUUUGAUUUUUUCUGUUGGAGAUGAUGCAAGAAUGCUGUCGAUUGAUACCCGAAGUCACAAUUUAAACGAGUUACUUGUAAAUGAAAGUCCAUUAACGGUACCACUAACCAGUAUACAGUUUAAUCCUUUAAAUUGUAAUGAAUUUUGCGUUAGUGGUUGGUCCUCUUAUGUGAGAGUGUACGAUUGCCGAAAUGUUUCGCUGCUAGUUUAUAAAUUGUGUCCCGAUCAUUUGACAGAGAUUAGGAAAAUCAUAACAUGUGUUGCAUAUAAUUACAACGGAACAGAAAUUCUUGCAACGUAUCAUGACGAAGACCUAUUUGAUAGAUUAAUGUCGUCACCUAUAAAUGCUCAUAGAUAUCAAGGUCAUAGGAAUACUAAAUAUGAUUUGAGCAAAUAAGAGAGUCAUUUUCUUCGGACUUAAAAGCGAAUAUGUUAUAUCCGGAUCUGACUGCGGUAAUCUAUUUACUUGGGACAAAAAUACGAAAGUUCUUUUACAUUGUAGGCAAAGUUGCAAUGAAGUUGUAAGUUUUCCAUUUCGCAAAAGUGACAAAUUUUUUUUUAUAGAGGAUAUAGAACAUAAAUAUAGAGAAGAGAGAAUAUAGAGUAUUCUUUUUUAAAUUUAUAGAUAAAUUGCUUAGAAGGACAUUCGGAUACUCCUAUUCUUGCGACAGCUGGAUUUGGUUCCAAUAUUGAGAUAUGGAUGCCUUCGCGCAGAAAACCUCCGACUGUUAAAUUAUUCACAAAGGUAUUAUAUAGAGACAAAAAUCAUUUACUUAUCUAUACAUUUUUUCUAUUUUGCGUUUUUCUUAUUGUUUUAUCAUAGAAUUUAAGAGCAAUUACGUUCUUAAAAACGGCCUAAUUACUAAUAAUGACCCAAAUAUUAAAAAUUCAGAGAUUUUUUAUAAUUGAAAGAUUAAAGUUUUACUUUUAAUAAAAUAUAUUAUAACAAUAAGUAGACUUUUUAAAAAUUCAACUAAAAUCAAACUCACACCCACUCGAAUUUCUGGUAUUUGAGACACUGUCAGUGAUUGGGUCUUUUACAGUUGAAUACAAUAGACUAAUUGCAUCGAUGAACGUAUGAUUCAUGUUUCUUUUUUUUACAAGUGUAUGCAGUACACCGCGUGGGAUAGGAUGCAAAGAAGACAUGGAUCUAUAUAAAUAGGCUUAUUAUUUAAUUGCAUUUUAAAGUGAAAUAAACAUAUGUAUAAAAUUCUUAGUAACAUUUGCGAAAAAUCCUUAAUAAAGCGUUAAGAAAAUUUG